ACGUACCGGAAAAGUUAGUAGUAGGGUAUUUUAUGGUAAAAUCAUGGUUGAACCGUAGUUCAACCGUUAAUACGCCUAUCGGAUUAGCCUCCGAUACUGGUAUUUUGUGGUUGAACCGCCGGUACAGUACGGUUUAAUGGACCAUGCUAUAAAGAGAUAUUUUCUCGGGUAGUUUCAGUAUGUUACUGCUUUUAAAUAUAUUAAAUCCAACUAAAUCUCAUGCGGCGUAGCAGCGGGUAUUGAUACUAGUAAUACAUGAAAACUAAUUACAUACGAACUCUAUAAACCACAACUUUCUACAUAGAUAGAGCCACAUCUAUACCCCUGAAGGCUCACCUGCACCCACAUCAACUGAAUAACUCACUGAAUCUUCUGAACCAACAAAGUUGCAAUGAACCCAUUUAUGGGUAAGGAGUUAAUUGCAAUACGGUGUAGUUUGGGGAUCAUUGUGUAAUUAGUAUGUCAUAUCUACAAAAACAUAUAAUGCAAUGUCAAUAAACAAUCAUUGCCACAUCAGCCGAUGUUGUUUAAACCGCAUAACUCGGGAGGAUAAAUUAGUCUUCUCAUCCUUGCCUUUUCACCUAAAACCGUCUGCAGCGGUUACUUCUUUUAUUUUCUUUACAUUUUACAAUCCUACCUCGGUUUUUCCAUUUCUACAAGACCAUGAGCCCACGACCACUAAUCCAUUUCUUAGGCUAAAACAACUCAAUUUGUUUAGGAAAUCCAAUCUUUUGAAGCCACCUGGACACUAAAACUAUUAUUUCCUUUUCAUUUUUUUUUGUAGGCUUCCUCUUUUUCAUUUACUUUGCUCUAAUAUUUCAAAGAAUCAUUCUGAUCCUAAUAAAAAAAUCAAUGUUAAAAUUUUCCUAAUCCAUUUUUUUAUCAAAAUAUUAUCGUAUAUUAUUCGACUAAGACUUUUUUUUCCUUAAAAGAACUGAUCCUUCAUAGUUACUAAGAAUGAGUAAGGCUCAAAGCCUCAAACACAAAACAUUUCCCCGUAAAAUCUAUAAAAUCAUAUUUAAUUAUUAUAUUUUGAGAAGCGGAGAUCAUAUGCUCCAUAUAAGAAUGGAAAUAAGUGAUUUUGGGGCAGCAAGCACAUAUUUCCAGAGGUGUUGUUAGAUAAAUUUUAAAAUCUUCUACAAUCAUUCAAAGGAUCAUAUUUCAUUCGUUUUACAUCGAAUUCCAAAAAAUAAUUGGAUAGAAAGAUCAUAGUUGUGCUCUACAAGAUGAUAAUCGGUUUGACAUUUUUUGGACAAUUUUUUCAUGUCAUCUUACCACUGUCGUAUCAUGAUAUUAUCAUUAUGUGACAGUGGUAUGAGGGUGAUGUCAAUCUUACCAUAGUGGUAACAUUAUGAUAUGACAAUGGUGGGAUGUUGACAUGAAUUAUUAUCAUAGUGUUAUGAUAUUAUCAUAACGUGAUAGUGCGACCAGUCACACGAUACUGGUAAGUCAUGAUAUGACAGUGAUAAGACUACGAAAAGCACAUAUUUUUAAAACCUUUUUUUUACUCAAAAUAUAGCAAACCAUAUAUCAUUGUAUAGAUAAUAAUUAGUAAUUUCUUUUUGCACAAAAUUUAAGAUUUUUAGUUAAAACAAAAGAAAUAUAGCAUAAUAUUAUUGUCAUAUCAUGAUGAUAUGACACUAACAAAAUUACAACUAACACGUCAUUUGAAGCAUUGUUUUUUCCUCCUCAAAAUAUAGAAAAAGGAUAUCAUUGUGUAUACCAUAAUUAAUCGGUUAUUCCUAUGCAAUUUUUUUUUGUGAAAUUUGAUUUAAAACGAAAGAGAUAUAUACUAUCAUCAAAUUGUACUAUAAAGGCAAAAACUAUAGCACCAAUACUAUAUAACAUUGUAAAAUUACUCUUUCGAUAGAGCAUUAAAAUUGGUAUUUCAAUAAGUAAUAAGAUGCAAUUUCUUAUAUAAAAUUUUUUGUUAAAGAAAGACAGAGAGAGAGAAUUGGAUUAUUGAUUAAGGGGCGUAUUUUAUGGGUACACAAGAAUUUAUCCAUCAAUGGAUUUGGAAGUCCAAGCUAAUUAUUUUUAUUUAUUUAUAAAAUCUAAUGCACAUGGAUAGCCUUUUAACUUCUGAAUUCCUAUUUAACGCCCUAAUUUUUUAAAAUUUAACGCCCUAAUCUUAUCAAAAAGACGAUACUACCCUCAAUCACCAAAACUACAGUAGCUGCCCCAAAUCCCUAAUUUUACUCUGCUCCGCCCAUCGCCCUAGCCCUUCCUCUGCUCCGCCCAUCCCCGGCCGGCCACUGUCCUGCCCACUGCCGCCGCCUAUGUGGUUAAAUGUCUAUGUGAUUGUGGUUUAAUUUUGAAGAUGGAAUUGUCUAUUGGGUAUUUUGGCACACAAACACCAUUCUUUGAUCGGGAAGUUGGAAACGGAAACGUUGUUGACCUCGGAGAUUGUUUUAUGAGGCAAGUUGCUGGCUUGCUGCUCAUGGUGCUGACUCUACAACACACACGUCUUUUGGAAUUUUCUAGCCAUUGGAGAACUCGGUCAGCUUUAGCAAUGGUGUUGGUGUGAUUACUAGAUUCAAGAUUAGAACACGGCAACCCCAAGUUCGAUCAUCGCCAGACAACUUCAUCGGUCAGGGUACUGCUCCAAGGAGAUAACAUCUGCAGGGAUGAUCCCGAGGAUGGAAAGAGAGUAGAGGACAGGAGGAGAAGACAGUUGCGGCGGCCACGAGCGGCGACUCCCAAGAAGAACGGCGGCGACUCCCAGGGCGAGCGGCGGCGACGGGCGACCACUCUCAGGGCAAACGGUGGGACGGCAAAAAAAUCAUAGGGCUAAAUUUGGUUAGAGAUUGAGAAUAUUUGGGGGCAAAAAUGUCAAAUUAUUAAGUUAGGGCGACAAAUUUAAAAAAGUUAGAGGGCGUUAAUUAGUAACUCCCUUUAACUAACUUUAGGUUAUAAGAAAAUUUUCUCAUUAACUUAGUUCAAGACAAAGUAUAUUAUAAUUUUAAGACGGAAUAUAAAAUUUUAUUUUGAAUUUUUAUUUUGUACGCAGUUUUAUCUUAGUAUUUUCAUUCAGUUAUCCAGUUGUAACAACUUUUAAACAUUUUAAUAUUUUUUGCUAACUAAAAAUGAAGAGAUUUGGACACUCAUGAAGAGAUUUGUUUUUUUCCAAAAUAAAAUAUUAAUUCAAAAAAAAAACUACCCGGCCAAUCGGCCGGGCCACAAUCUAGUAAAAUAGGAUUUAGCUGUAACGAGAAAGGUUAUAGAAUACAAUAAUCAGAAUAUGCUUCCUUCUACUUCUUCUUCCCAUCCUCUGCUUUCUUUUCUUCUAUUCCUCCUGGUCUCCCUCUUCUUCUCGAUUUCUUUUCCUCUUCCAUUACUAGUUCUCUUUCUGAUCUCCAAUUCCAAUCUCAUCGUCAUUUCUUGCUUCAUCAGAUCGCCGUGAAAGAUCCAGAUCGGUCCAGAGUGUUACAACUUGGUAUCAAGCCCUUCUCGGCCCCUACAGCGACGGCAACUGGCAUUGGCAGCUACCGCCAAUCCAUUGGAAAGUAUGGAGAGAUGCAGUGAAGAGCAAUCUGGCCCAAGCCUUCUGCGACGAUCGGUGCUGCGACAAACAUGGACUGCGGCCGGAAUUGGCGUCGCAGGGCAUCCGUUUGCUGACUGUAGCUUAGCUCGUGAUGAGAGCCCACCACCUGUUUGAAGAAAUGCGGAGCUGAAGGUACUUCCGCCAAGGAGUGGCGUUUCAACACAAACUGCUAGCGAACUUGGUAUCAACGGCCAGUCUCACGGUAUUUCCACCUCCACUCUGUCGUUGGAAUUUCCAGCGUGAACCCUCAAGAAUGGAUUAGGGAAUGUGAGUUGUUAUUUGACGGGUUGGGAAUACCCGAUCAGCGGAGAGUUGAGUUGGUGGCAGCAAAGUUCCGUCGUAGGUAGGCUGUUUGGUUCUGGAAGUGGGGGUUGCGUCGAGCCUUGUUAGAUUGGAAUGAGUUUGUUGAUGCGGUAUGCAACCAAUUUGGCAGUUCAUAUAGACUGCCAAUUCCCUCCUCGGGUGUCAAUCCUAAGGAUUGGUUUAGGAAAUGUGAAGAGUUGUUUCGUGUUCAUGGUAUACCAGAGAAUGAGAGGGUGGGUCGGCCAUCAAUCUGUCUUGAAGCAAAUGCUCUCGGGUGGUUUCGAUACUGGCAUUCUGGUCAUGAGUUUUGCAGUUGGGCAACAUUUGCUGCUGGAGUCGGUUGAGUAUUUUUGGGAUUUGGAUAUAGAGUGGGUAGUUGGGGUGUUCAACAGGCUUAGGCUGCUGGAAUCGAUAUGGGAAUAUCAGCACCGAUUUGAGGUGUUGAAAGUGGCACUUUUGAGGUUGUAUCCAACGUUACCAGAAGCUUACUUCAUUAAGGGUUUUCUCCGUGGCUUGCCGGGUGAUAUUCAAGCAAGCAUCGGUAAGGAAGUCCCAGCCACAAACACUUCUCCAAGCAUACCAUACAGCUCACUUGGAAGAGGAUGCCAUCAAGGCUUACAAAGGGCAGAAGCAAUCUCAGAUUAGUGAUUACUUAGGUUCCGAUGGUGAGACAGUGGCUGUGACUGUUGAAUCUCUUCUUCCUUCAAUUCUGGUUGGUGGGAAUGGUGAUCUACUUGCUGAAAAGAAACAUGUACCUCUUGAUACAACUGACCCAACUAACAUAAACCUGUAAUGUUGAUGCAGCGGCCUCAAACUAUGGCAAUCACAAAUCAAGUUCCAAUAGUUGG